AUAACUCUCCACAGAUUAACACUAGUUACAGUUUUACGUAUAACAAAUUCAAAGAAAUUAUCGAAAACAUAAACACGAACACCCAGUUUAUAAAGCAUGCAAAUUUAAAAUUAGUUCCACCAAAACUGGGGCACGCAAAGAAAAAAUUCUCUGAAAGGCAGCUGAUGUCGUUGUACCAGGAGAAGAAAGAAACAAUGGAAAAAGAAGGACUCUACCUAUUCGCCACUGAUGCGUCCAUAGCUGAUGAUUGUGUAGGAUGUGCUAUCCAUGACAUAUGUAGCGAUACAUCUUAUAUGUACAAACUAAAUGAAAAAUUCUCCUCCACUUUUGGUGAACUCUGUGCCAUUAGGCAGGCUGUAAGAAUUGCAAAGAGAUUGAAACUAUCCAGGAUAGGUAGUUUUACAGACAGUGCUGCUGCGGUCAAGUUACUGGAGCAGGACUCCACAAACAACUUCGUGGUGGCAGAAGUACAUAAUGAGGUUUGUAACUCUUCUAUUCACGAUAUCACUAUAUGCUGGGUACCGAGCCACGUAGGUAUUGGCUUCAACGAGAAGGCAGAUCUUGCAGCCAAGACUGCAGUAGAUAGGGGUUUAGUCAUGGAAAGCAUGUAUACCUUUCAGGAAGCUAUCACACGCAUUAGAGAUAAGAUCUGGAAUGAUUGGAAUGUUGAAUAUCAGAACACAUGUCUAGUUAAAGGGAAAACCUUUGCACAAAUACAACCGUCAGUGACGCGGACUGCGGACUUCGUGGUUCACGAAAAACCAACACAACCUGCCUCCUUCUGACAUCAAAAUUCUAAAUCGUCUUCUGACUGGGCACACUUAUUGUAGAUAAUAUUUAAGUAAAUUCAGACAUGGUACAACCAGCCUGUGUCAUUUUUGUAGCUCUGUUGAAACCGCAAACCACCUUUUGUUUGAAU